CCAAGAUUGAAGUAUGGAAAUGAGUGGAGGAACAUGUAUUACUACAGAAAAAUAUGAACCAGAGCUAAAGGAAAAAUACGGAAACCCUGAGCCGCCGUCUUCAGGAGUUCUCUUAACUACACAGGUGUUUAAUCCCUUCAACCCAAAUUUUAAGUAUAAUAGGAGAGAAAAACAACAUUCUGGGAGUCAACCAUUGCCUAAUGAUAUGCAAGAUUUACUUGUCUCGUCAGCUGUAAAAGAUGCAAGCGAUUUCGAAUGCUUAAAUGGUAAAGAGGUUGAGGAAAUUAAAAGGAAGAUAAAAAUCUUUCAGGGAAAUUUGGAUGUGUCCGUAAAGAAACUUGCUGUGGAAGCUAAAAUCCGCGAGGCUGCCAAAAAUCUGAUGCUUGCGCAAACCAAGGAAAAAAAAGGUAAACAUAAACAAAGCACCAUUGAGCAUUAUGAGCAAUGCUCUAGAAAAGUACGAGAGCUCUCUUCAAAAAUAUGGGUUAUUGAACGAAAACUAUCAGAGCUUUAUUUCUUUUUGCUUAAGCAUAUGGUUGCUGUUUGCAUUCGAGAAAUCAAGAAACAGCCAAGAAACGGUGAACAACAAAGUGAUUCGAAUGCAGUAUCUCAAGAAAACGAGGAUGAUGAGACGAAAAAAGAAAUCGAGGAGGAAGAAGUGAUGAAUCAUGAAGAAAUACAACAACUUGUUGAGCGUAUGGGAUGGAUGCUCGAAACAGUGCAUUCCAUGGGUUCAUCUGUCCAUGAACCUUCUGUGGUUAAUGUUGUUGAUAUGACAGCUGGAGAGAGAUUAUUAGAGCAAGUUAGACAUCUUGAGAUUUUACUAAAAGGAAUGCAUGAAAGGAAGCUCGAAGAGGAAGCAGAUGCGAAAGACAUUGCACCUCGUUCUAUACUGAAUUUUUGGAAAGCAUUAAAUCGUUUAUUUCAACAGGAAAAUGAACACAAAGACUUACAAGUAGAUUCCUCUCACGAACUAGAACAGGUUCAAAUGCACCUGAAACCCAAUUUUGAUAUUGAGUCUUUUUCUUUUUUGCUCAAUCAUUUGUUAACAAAAUACCAAAGAGUUAGACAACUUUACUCUACUAACCAAGAAUUAUUGGAAUUUACUAAAGGGGAAAAUGUCAAGAAGAUCGAUGAACUUAGAAAAGUCGUGGAAGCUCAAAGUGAACAGGUUAAAUCUCUCCAGGGAGAGCUAGGAAAAGCUGAACAUAAUUCCAAUGAGUCGAUAAAGGAGAAUACUGUUCCCGAAUCCAAUGAUCCAAGCGAUGUAAUGACGAAAAAUAACAAGCAGAUGCCGUCCUUUGAAAUAAGAGAUCUCCAUUCUCAGUGUUCUUUGCUUUAUGGUGAGAAGUAUGAAAUGCAGCAAGCCUCGUUGCUGCUUGAAUCAAAAAUCAAUGAACUAGAAAACGAAAAGAAAGCGAACAAACUUAUUGAGAAAGAUCUUCUCGCUCAAAUUUCACAACUAAAGUUAAAAUAUGAACAGCAAAGAGAGUCGAAUGAAUUCUCAAAGAAGUUGAUAAACAACUUACGUGAUGAACUAACUGCCAUGCAAGCAGAACUCAGUGUCGUGAAAGCGAUGAACACUCAAUCAGGAGUCACGAGCGAAGCUUUGGACGGAGAAAAGCAGGAAGCCAUCCAAAAACACAUGGACGUUCUAACAAAAGAGAAUGAAUUAUUGCAUUCUCGUGUAAAUACUUUGGAACUGGAGAAAGAACACCAGGAAAAGGACAGGGAUGCUGUAAACAAUCUUACUCUCAAACAGCUUCAAGUUGAAGAAUUGUUUGCUAACCUAAAUUCCCAUAAGAAGAUGGACUUUGGACUUAUUGAUUUUGGUUCACCAGAGAGCAAAGUUGAAGAAGGGAAACGGGUUGAUGACAGUCAGUUGAUACAUGAAGAAGCCGCCGUUGAUUUAAUUUCGGCGUCAGAAAAACCAAUUGACGAAGAGAAUAAUGAACACAAAAAUGAAGAAACUUUAGAAGUCGAAAUGAAAAGUCAAGAAAUCAUGAGUCAACAUUCGUUGAGCAGUAAGGAUGCCUCUGAAGAAGAAGAAAAUAUCCGUUCUGCUUCAGACAAGCGCAUAGAACCGGAAGUUGCCAAAGACGUCCAGUGAUUUUUCUAGUAAAGCAUUAUUCCUCAAGCUCCUUCAUUCUAUUACACGAUUUUGGAUCUCCAUAAACCUUUUUUCAUAUCUUGUUUCUUUUUUUUGGGGGGAAAACCAUAAAAGAGCCAGCUAUGGCAAAAAUAUUUUAUUUUACCUUAUGUACAUCGACCAUAAAACUUGUGCGUGAAUACUCAUUUGAUAAGUUUUGAUGACGAUUUUCUUUUAUUUUUGGCAAUUAUUGAUGAACUUAUUUUCACGAAGCAUUUAUUAUACUUCCACGCUCUUUUAUUUGAUUUUUGCUUGCAUUCAAUUUCUAUAGCAUUAAACUCUAUCUAUUAUGAAAUCCAUUUUGAUUUUGAUUUCGA